UUCGGGGAUUUCCCAGUAUGGGGAACUGAUAUAAAGUACGUGAAUCAACAGUAAUUUACAACACUUAGAGACACACCACGAGACACGUCUGCAAAAUUCGAUAGCGAAAAUAUAUAUAUAUAAUAUAUUACGUCUUGAUUACAUUUUCAAGAAUAUUUAAUUGUGACAAUGACAGAAUUAUACAAUGGAACUCGCAUUGAUUGGUAUGACUAUUUUAUGGGAAUUGCGAUUCUUUCUGAACAACGAACCGAAGAACAUUGCUACCCUGUAGGUGCCUGUAUUGUGAAUGAUAAUAAAAUAAUUGUCGGAACAGGAUACAAUGGAUUAACUAAUGGAUGUAAGAAUAAAAAAGACAGAUCUCUUUAUGUAUUUCAUGCAGAACUUGUUGCUCUACGAAAUAAAAAUUCAAGAGAUGUUAAAGACUGUACAAUGUAUGUUACACUGUUCCCUUGCAAUCACUGUGCAAAUAUUAUAAUACAAUCUGGUAUAAAAACAGUGAUAUAUUGUAAUAGGGAAUUUAAUGAUACGAAAAGAGUGAAAGCCGCAAAGAAAAUGUUUGAUGCCGCUGGCGUAGUUUAUCAGAGUUAUAACUCAAUUUAUAACAAGCGGAUUCCUAAAGACAAAUAUACGCGUAUAAACUACGACGAAUAUUUCAUGGGAAUAGCAUAUAUAUCUUCAAAACGAAGUAAAAGUGUAGUUAAAAAAAUAGGGGCAUGCCUUGUUAAUAAGAAUAAAGUUAUCGUCGGAAUUGGUUAUAAUGGAUUAACCAGAGGAUUAGAUACCAUACCAACAAAUUGUGUAAAUGAAGAAGUUCCUGCUUCCUACUUUGAAGUGUGUCAUGCAGAAAUUAAUGCGAUUUUAAACAAUUUAUGCGAUGUUGAGAAAGACUGCACGAUGUAUGUUACUUCUUUUCCUUGUAAUGAAUGUGCAAAAGUAAUACUACAGUUUAAAAUAACAACAGUAAUAUAUAUGCAUGAAGAUGCUAAUGACAAAACAGAAAUCGCAAAGAACAUGUUUGAUGCUGUUGGUAUAAAAUACAGACAAUGUGAUGUAAAUAUUGCAAGAAUAGAAAUAUUUAAGUAGAACAGAAAUAAUGAAAAAAAUAAUGAAAGAAAAUUACAAGAAUAGAAAAGAAAAGC